UCAAUAAAAGAAGACGCUUUUUCGACGGCUGCUUGCUGUUACUUCUCCUCCUCUUCUUGGAUACGAGAAACAGUAGGGAGGGCGAGAGAGAGAGAGGGGGAGAGAGAGGGGAGUGGAAGAGGCGUCGUUGGCCAUGGCGGCUGGAGUCCUCGAGGGUUCUGUGAGCAACAUCCUUGAGCAGGAGUCGCUCAAGUGGGUGUUCGUCGGUGGAAAGGGCGGCGUCGGCAAGACGACCUGCAGCUCCAUCAUCUCCAUCCUCCUCGCCCAGGUUCGCCAGUCCGUCCUCGUCAUCUCCACCGACCCUGCCCAUAACCUAAGCGACGCCUUCCAACAGCGAUUCACCAAGAUCCCAACCCUCGUUAACGGCUUCUCCAACCUCUACGCCAUGGAAGUGGAUCCCAAGGUGGAGGGAGACGAGCUGUCUGGUGAGGGCUUGGAUGGAUUUCUUUCUGAGCUUACGAAUGCGAUCCCUGGAGUCGACGAGGCCAUGAGCUUCGCUGAAAUGCUCAAAUUAGUCCAGACAAUGGAUUAUUCAGUUAUAGUGUUUGAUACUGCUCCAACUGGUCAUACUUUAAGACUGUUGCAAUUCCCAUCAACUUUAGAGAAGGGGCUUGAGAAAGUUAUGUCUCUAAAAAAUAGAUUUGGCGGUUUGUUGACCCAGGCUACUCGUCUUUUUGGUCUUGGUGAUGAGUUCAAUGAGGAUGUGAUGCUAGGAAGGCUAGAGGGUAUGAAGGAUCUGAUUGAGCAUGUAAACAAGCAGUUUAAAGAUCCAGAUCUGACAACAUUUGUCUGCGUUUGCAUCCCAGAGUUUCUUUCUCUAUAUGAAACUGAGAGGUUGGUGCAAGAAUUAGCAAAGUUUGAGAUAGAUGCUCAUAAUAUUAUCAUUAACCAAGUAAUUUUUGAUGAAGAAGCCGUCGACUCCAAAUUAUUGAAAGCAAGAAUAAAGAUGCAACAAAAGUAUAUUGACCAGUUCUACAUGCUCUAUGAUGACUUCAAUAUCACCAAAUUACCACUGCUUCCGCACGAGGUCUGUGGAGUUGAAGCUCUUAAGAAUUUCUCUCAACACUUCAUUUCCCCAUAUAAGCCUUCACUCGUCCGGGGAACCGUAGAGGAGCUGCAGCAGAGAAUAUCUACCUUGAGAUCACAGCUGGAGGAAGCAAAGUUAGAGCUAGAGAGAUUGCAAAAAGGAAAGCAGAUAGCUUGAUACCCUUUCAUGUCAUGCCUAAGCCAUUCUCCAAUGUCAGUGAAAAAUUAUCGGCACACAUUUUCUGAAGCAAGGUUUAUUCCCUCUCGGAUAGAUUCAGAUGUAGUUAAAUCGAAGUGAUAGGGAAUUUCUCCCGCUCAUGUCUUUUUUUUUUUUUCCUUGUAGAUUCAACCUAUGCACUUUAUUUGUCAUAUUCGUCCAGAUAAUGUGAUCACUGUGAAAUAUUGGUUCCCUUGAACAUGGAGCUAUCAACAACGUUCUUUUGUGGGGAAUAAAAAGAUGAAAUAAUUGUUUUCGGAACA